AUGCAACUCCCUCUAGCUCUCGUGGCCGCUGCCGCGACUCUCCUGACUAGUGUCACGGCUCUCCCUCACCAGAAACGUCUGGCCGAAAGCGAGCCCUGGCAUCUUUCAAGACUGGCCGUCUUUACAGGAUUCAAUGGUGCCAAGAACAGUUCCAUUGCUUUCAAUCUUGUCGACAACAAUGCUGGUCUGCAGAUGAACACAACCUGUUCGCGCUCUGUGCUUGGUUCGGUCGAAGAUCCGAACAACUUCUUUCCUUGUGCCAAUAGAGAUCUCAACUUCAGAUGGGAUGGUACCACUCUGCGUCUCCAGAGAUACUACAAAGAUACGGCCGUCGGACCAUGCCCUCUGUAUUGUACCGUCACCGCUUAUGGCAACGGAACACCUAACCUCGUCCUCAAUUAUCUUGCUGAAGAGGGCAAAGGUACCCAUCAAGAUACUCUUGACAUUCCCGUUACCGAAAUGGUUGCCUAA